UUCAGCUCCGGGUAGAUUCGUCGACGUACGCGGCCGAUUUUCAGGCGAUCCGGCAUUCGUGCGUUCUGCAGGAAACCGGACCCACCCUUAGUUACGCGAAUAUCUUUGGUAAAACUGCUACAUAUGACCUAUAUUAUACAAACUGUCAAAAGUUAAGCAACAAACUUCCAAAAACUCCAAAAGAAGUUCAAAACAUCUUGGGAUUUAAGUGCAGGAUUGCAAUUUGUUGAUGUUAGUGGAUGGUGUGCGAAUUGAAAUGUUUUCGGUGGUGUCUGAUAUUUAUUAAGUGUGACUAAAAAAUUGACAUGAUGCGGUUAGCGGCGCGGCUACUGUUAUGGGUAUUGCUGCUGGCUUCAGCUGUUUGUCAAGGAAAAUAUACAGCCCAAACAGGAGAGCAGCAAACAAAUCGUGCCGCUGUAUUACACACCCAAGCUAUCGAGGGUGGAACAGCUUUGCUUCCAUGCGAUCUGUCAUCAGCGCAGCCAAAUGAUACAGUGGUUCUGGUGGUGUGGUAUAAAGAAGAGCAUGUGCCAAUAUACAGUUACGACACCCGAGGGUCGGUUGCUGCCAGACCUAGUCAUUGGAAGGACGUAAAUUUGGAGCCCAGGGCCUUUUUCAGAACGAUGACCGAUCCUGCAACCCUCAGUAUCGACAAUGUGAGUCAAAGCGAUGAAAGAGAAUAUCGGUGCCGAAUCGAUUACUUAAGGUCACCCACUAAGAACUUAAGGGUGAGGUUAAACGUUAUAGUUCCUCCGGGAAAACCAACCAUUAUUGACGAUAAAGGAAAAGAAGUUCAAGAAUAUGCAGGGCCGUACGAAGAGGAUGGGGAUAUGAAGCUGACCUGCAUUGUUACUGGGGGAAAACCUAAACCUUCUAUAAAAUGGUGGAGAGAAGGCAAAUUAAUUGAGUCAACUGAAACACACAGCGGUUUCGAGAACGUGCGCUCCAAUCAAUUAAUAAUUCGUGGGUUGAGAAGGUCCGAACAACAUGCGAGCUUUACUUGUCAGGCAUCGAAUAACAAUAUCAGCCAGCCCGUUUCCGCUACAGUUUCAAUAGAGAUCCACUUCCGCCCUAUAAGCACGGAAAUUUUGAGCAGCAACAACCCGUUCAGUGCCGACAGGAAGUAUGAAAUUCCGUGCCAGACAUUUGGGUCACGACCUCCGGCCAAAAUUGCCUGGAUAAUGGACGGAAAGGAACUCAAAUCUCCGAAAUAUAAUGUGACACAAACGACCGCCGAAGACGGGAAUUCAACGACUGCCGUUUUAACGUUCGUUCCAACACGGGAAGACAAUGAAAAAACACUUAUAUGUCAAGCCAUAAAUCCAAUGGUGCAUGGUGGAAUUGAGGAAGCCAGCAUAAAACUAAAUGUUUAUUAUAUUCCAAUAUUGAAUUUAACUCUUGGUCCAAGUCUAAAUCCGGAAGAUAUUGAAGAAGGUGAUGACGUCUAUUUUGAAUGUAAAGUGGAUUCAAACCCGGCAGCUUACAAAGUCCUUUGGAAACAUGAUAACCAAGUGAUGCAAGCAAACCAAAAAGCAGGUGUUAUCAUGAGUACCAGCGAUCUGGCUCUGCAAGGUGUUACUCGAAGUCAAGCCGGUAACUACUCCUGCGUAGCUUCAAAUGUGGAAGGAGAUGGAGACAGCAACGUAGUUGAACUUAAAAUUAUGUAUAAACCAAUAUGCAGAGCAGUACAGAAGCGGAUCUACGGCGUAGCUCGCCACGAAAACGCAAGGGUUCUCUGUGAGGUGGAAUCUUAUCCACCUCCAGACAGUUUCAAAUGGUCGUUCAAUAAUUCAGCUGAGACAAUCGAGGUUCCACAGACCAGAUAUCAUUCGGGGACACAUCAUUUUUCGUCGACGCUUACAUACACACCAGUUUCAGAGCUUGAUUAUGGAACGGUCAUGUGCUGGGCCAAUAACUUAGCAGGCAAGCAGCAGGAACCAUGCAUAUUUCAUAUAAUCGCAGCGGGAAAACCAGACCCGUUGUUUAAUUGUUCGAUAGUAAACCGUUCGAACGAUUCGUUGGAAGUGGGUUGCGAGGAAGGGUUUGAUGGAGGACAAAUGCAACAUUUCCAGUUGGAGGUUUACGACCGGAAAACAGGAGUUUUGCAGAGUAACGUUUCAGCCACUAUCCCUUUAUUUAUCGUAAGUGGUUUGGAUCCGGGAAAAGAACUUAAAAUAGUCGUCUACGCCGCAAAUAGCAAGGGCAGAAGUGAACCGGCAUUAUUAGAAGGAUUUACGUUGAAAGCGGCCGAAAAACAAACAGUGUUGUCUUUGGGAACCCGCGAUCAGCUGGAAAUUGCUCCCGUCCUCGGCAUCCUUGUGGGUAUUGUGACCGCCUUAUUGCUCGUCACUGUCAUAAUUUUGGGAGCCCUUAAAAUCCGGCAGGCCAGAAGGGAUGGAUCGCGCGCUGUGAGACCCCGCUUCCUGCCUGUCAAGGAUAAAGUCAGUCUGCCGCUGCGAAGUGAGUCCGAGGAUCUAGUCGAGAAAGACGACAAAAAUCCGGACGUUAUACCGUCAAAUAAAGACUCAGAUUAUCAGCUGGGCUCCGCAGCAGAAACCCCCGGCCUAAAUAAUUCAAUACCACCGUCGAUGUGCAAUUCGGGAGAUUAUGGGCAGACCGGCACAUCUCCACUAGUAUCUUUGUCAUCCCCGCUGCAGAAUAUCACGCCACUAGGGGAGGCAUAUAUGGCACGUGAUCGGACCUUUGCUCCACAACACUUAACCAAUGAGGUUGUUUACGCCGAACUGUCGCUGUCCAGGCCAAAUUCCUUGGAUCCAAUCAAAAACGGAGGUCAACAAUAUUCCUGUGGUCAGCAGUACGCCACCUUACGGAAAGGUGACGACUCAACGAUCUACACCCAAAUAGACCACGGCCGGAGGCCUCCACCGCCCAUACCCAUCAGCAAGACCUCACCUCUAGUAUCCCCAGUUUCCUCCUUAUUCCCUGCCACCAAGCAAGGUAUAUACCACAGGGAGGUGGUUACGGUUCGAACCCCGUUGAUGGGUUGUCAACAGGAGAGUUGUGUUUAAAUUUAUGAGUGUUGUCGUAUGAAUCUUACUCACUGUAAAUAAUUUAAUUGUUAAGAUGAUGAUGUGGUGAGUGCGCAAUUGGGAUCAGAAAUGGAAGAGUGCGAAAAAGCUAGCUCAUAAAUCCUCGAUUUGGAAAUGAAGCUUUGUUAGCUUUUGUUAAGGGCGACCUCAAAGUGUAAUAAGUAAAUUGAAAAUGCCAGAUGCUCACUCAAUAAAGCACUAUGGAGAAGGAAGAUGUUUGAUUGAGUUUCUUGCAUCGCUUUUUACGUCCUUGACCCUCAUAGUAUGUCGGUCACACGUUUUGAGUUUCAAUGUAUUAACUAAAAAUUAAAUUUGAAAUAAGAAAUGCUGGUUUUACACAUAUCUUAAAUUUCCAUAUAUUCUCGUCGAUUAUAUUAUAAGAACUGUUAAACGUUAAAUUGUCAAUAUCCCAGUUGUCAACGAACCAAAACAAUCAAUUUAUAACGACAUAUCCUAAAAUCCCAUAUCGUUCGUUUAGAAAGAUAUCUUAAAAAAAAUUAGUAUUUUAAGUGCUAUUACCUUUUUUAAAUUUGUGGGUAAUGUCUGCGUUAACGGUUAUUUUGUUCUAAACAUAAUUAUGUGUCGUAUCAAAGAAUGGGAACAUGUUCGAUCCAAUGGCUAUAAAGAUAUCAAAGCUUUUGGGGCUUCAACUUUUAAAUAAAUAGGUCAUAUUUUCUAUUAAUUUAUUUAAGAAUAUUUCGUAAAUUGGUGUAAUGCCUAUAUGGAAUAUCUAGAAAUGUUCAUCGAAAAAUACACAUUUCCUUAUGUUUGAAAGUUUUAUUUUGCAAAAAGUAUUCAGAAAAUUCCAUUCAUUGUCCAAAAAAUUUUGAUGUCAACAAGCUUUGUGUUUUCAUUGAAUUGAAUGUUACUUGGUUAUUCAGCUGGUCUCUUCAUAAAACAUUUGGUAAACUUCAUAAAGGAUUGAUUAGUUAAAUGAUUCCGAUUUCAUCUGAAGGUUAAAAUAAAUCCUACAACGUACUGCCAUAAAUAUAUGUAAGUAGUUACAGGUUCUUUGGUUAUAAUAUGGCACACCAUCUACAGGGUUUUCCAAAAGUUAUAUGAAUAAUGGCAAAUACAGAGAUUGACUUGAACAUGCCGAAUAUCUUGUAAAAUGAAACAAGUGAAUAAUUGAAACUAGGGAAAAAAUCA